CCUGAUGCCGCAUCCCUAACAUGUUCUCUUCAAAUAAUUUCACAACCUCUCAGACCAGUACCUAGUACAUUAUGUCAGUCAUGACACACACACAAGAGACACCAGUGGCACAAAUCGCUGCCCUAAUACAUGGUCAAUCCCUCCGCCUCCCAAGCCUUCAGCCUGUGCUUUCGAACUGGCCGACACUGUUGAGCCCUCACUAUGCUGAACUCAAAAAGAAGGUCGGCAUGAAAAUCGACGAGUGGAUUUCUGACGAGCGCGUUCGACGAAAGGCACAAAUCAUUGACUUGCCAUUGUUUUCUUCAAUCUGGUACCCUCACGCCACUCUGGACCGUCUUGAAAUGAUAACUUGGUACUCAAUGUGGAUCUUCCUUUGGGACGAUGUUAUUGAAGAUAGUGCGACUCCUGCCUCCGGGAUUACUGACAAGGUUUCAUGGAUACACCACCAAGCACUGAAGUACAUGGAGUACCAUCUCGGCCUGUCAUCCUCCCUCGAAGAACCAAUACCUCCCACCAAAUACUGCACAUUGUUCAGAUAUGCCGCCGAGCCGUUCCGGAAAGCAUCAAGCCUCUUACAGAGAAUCAGAUUCUAUGAAGAGCUCAAGGUAUACAUGGAUGGCUGUGAAGUCGAACAGGAGUUUGUGCGUGCUGGCGAGCUUCCGAGUUGGCGAGAGUAUUGGUCGCACAGACUGGGCACCUCAUCUGUGCAUACCUACAGCGCUCUGGGCGAAUAUAUGAGUGGUGGAAACAUACCACCAGAAAUGUUUGAUACCCCUGAGCUAAAGGAGCUUUGGGUUGGAAUCAACAGGCACAUUGUCACUGUCAAUGAUCUAAUAUCAUUCAAAAAGGAGGUUGAAAAGUCAAGCUUCCAUAGCCUCGUCCCAAUUGUAAUGAAUGAGACCGGCGCAAACUUGGACACGGUCGUCGACAGCUUAGUUGAUACGCUGCGCAACAUUGGAGACAGCAUGAACCGAGCGGGGGAUAGGCUGAUUGCUCUCGCAGAGAACAGUCAUGGAGCGCAAGGGAGGCAAAAUAUGGAACAGUAUGUCCGGUGUUUUCAAACCAGCGCAACCGGGAAUUACUGGUGGUCACUCUUUUGUCGCCGUUAUGGUGUAGAGCAAUAUUUGCAAGCCGAUGGGUCUCUUGUUGAGAGGGCCCCUGGAGACAUCGGUGAAGAACCUCUCAUAAGUCGGACGGACUAUCGUCCGAGUUGUAAUCUCCAUGAUUUCCUCGGUGAGAAGCAGCAGCUUCAAAUGCACAUCUGGAAAUAUGUCCGGCGGUACGGGUUUUUUGGUCGCCUAAACACCAACACCACAUGGGGAGAUUGGGACAUGGGUCUAUCCGCGCCAGCCCUUGACAUCUCAGCCUUCUGCCUUCCACCAGUGGCCGAUGUGCCAGCCGGCGAGUCCAAUGUUUCCGUGACGUGUGGCCACAACUGGCAAGAUCCGUUAACAAAGAACUACCCGCUCCGCAACACAUCCAAGACGACAUUCGCAUCUGGCAAUAGAACCUUUACGUUGGACUACAUUCUGGCGAACGGCAUCUGUCAGCCCAUAUCUGAUAAAUACCAGUGGGGAUUCUCCUACCUUCAGCUGUACAUAGUCAUCAAUGUUGUCUUGCAUUGGUCAACGGGCAUCAUCCUUUUGUGGCUCAAAGCUCAGUUCAACUUGCCGCUGGCACAGUACGACCGAGUUCCACGGGAAUUGGAAUGCAUGCUGCACAUGUCGCGCGAAUUGCAAAGGCAUUUCAAAAAGUCUGGCGUCGAGUCUUGA